AUGAGAUACUUUACAGUAAGUAAAGAAAAGAUAGAAGACGAAAAGAUGUAAGACUCUUCUAAAUAGGCUCCAAAGGAAAAGGCUUUUGACUAUAGUAAAAUGGAUUAUUACCAGAUCUUAGAGAUAUUCCCCUCAGCUUCUGAGGCAGAUAUAAAGAAAUCAUAUCUCAAACUUGCCAAAAAGUAUCAUCCAGAUGUCUACCACAGUGGGCCAAACAAGGAUCAUUUCAAAAAGAUACAAGAAGCUUAUACCACUCUCAAGAACCCAGUGAAAAGAGGUGACUAUGAUAAGCAUUAAAAGAUAAAGACUAUGAAAUAUAAUAAAGACUUUUAGGAUGCUGAGAGAAGACAUAAGAAUAUGGGUCAAGAAUUUUCUCAUGAGAUGUAUGAAGAAAUGAAAAAAUAAGCAGAGGCGUAAAAAACUGUUAGAGAUACUAUUGAUCCUGAAUUUGACGAGGCCUUUAAAAAGUUAAAUCUCAACAAGCUAUAUAAAGAAUUCGUGGCAAGGCCUAUUUUAAAUUAACCUGAUGAACUACAUGACUAAAUAAUGAAGCCCCUUAGUAGAUUAAAAAUGUCAAGAAGAGAUCUAGCAAGAAUAAAAUUUGUUUCAGAGUAUAGGGAUAAGUAGAAAAUAAAGAAAAGUAUUAAGAAUAGAAUAAUAGAGCAAACCGAAAUCUUUAAAGACAUUGAAGAGGGUGCUGAAGUAUUUGCUUAAAAAAAUAUGAAUUAUAAGCAGUUAGUUGAAGAAAUGAAUAAAGAUAUCAAGGCCCUUGAAUCAAUCGAGCGCCCUCUCACAUUAUACAAAGAUGAAAAGGCUAUGAUUGCUGAAAUUAGAAAAAAAUAAGAUGAAUCUUUAGAUAAAGUUAAAAAGGUGGUGUAUCCUUUCUGGACUAUAGCAAUUAUAGUAAAUGGCAUAUUGCUUAUUGGUUAUUAUAAUCAGGAUAAAAUCCAUGAGGUUGAUGAAAAGAAAAUGGAAUUGAGAUAGAAAUUUGAUAAAUAUAGAUAUGCUUGA